AUGCUGACCUUGCGCCGUGGUGUGGUGUGUGACGUCAGCAGAUACUGCUGUCACGAGUCUAGAGAGGUACAGAAUAGGUCUGUAGAACAUUUGGAGGCACGCCAGGGAAUGACGCUGUUAUUUCCUUGGUGUAUUGCAUCACUUCAAAUCACGUUUCAAGUCACGAUAUCGAUGAAGUUCAGUAAGAUGGUUGUUUAUUGCUGCCUCAUCUUUUUGGGCCUAAUUUGCCCCACUCACCCAGACUCAUUUACACUGACAACCUAAUGCACAGACUAUGUUUUCGUUUCAGUCACCUCCAUCUCCUCUAACUUUGGCUAAUUGUAGGGAUUUUCUUUCUAUUGAUAAUGUAAAAUUAACAGCCAUACAGAAAGACUCAUGUGAAGGUGAAAUUACAGAGGAGGAACUUCUGAAUGCAAUUAAAUACUUUAAGUCCUGGAAAACUCCAGGGUUGGAUGGCAUACCAGUUCGAGGUAUACCAAACCUUUUUUGAUAUACUCAGAGGACCGUUAUUAGCAUGUUUUAACCACUCCUAUGUAAAUGGUAGAUUAUCAGACACUCAAGAAGAAGGUCUGAUUUCAUUAUUACUGAAACAGGAUACAAGUGGGAAAUAUAAAGAUCCAGUCCAUUAAAAAAAUUAGAGGCCCCUUACACUUCAGUGUUGUGAUGCAAAAAUUCUAGCAAAAUGUAUAGCGCAUAGAAUUAAAAAGGUAUUGUCGGACAUUAUUCAUUCUAAUCAGACAGGUUUUUUACAUGGACGAUACAUUGGAGAUAAUAUAAGGCAAGUACUGGAAACAAUAGAACACUAUGAAAAAUCUGGGAAUCUGCUAUUCAUAGAAGACUUUGAUAAGGCAUUUGAUAAAGUACGACUGGAGUUUAUAUAUAAAUGCCUGGAGCAUUUCAGUUUUGGAGAAUCUCUUAUAAAAUGGGUUAAAAUCAUGUAUAGUAACCCUAGGUGUAAAAUAGUAAAUAAUGUAUAUUUCUCAAUAAGUUUUAAACUGUCAAGAGAAGUAAAACAAGGUUGUCCACUAUCUGCAUAUCUAUUUAUUAUGGCCAUCGAAAUGUUAGCUAUUAAAAUCAGAUCCAACAAUAAUAUCAAGGGAUUAGAAAUCCAGGGCUUAAAAACAAAGGUGUCAUUGUACGCUGAUGAUUCAUGUUUUCUUUUAAAUCGAGAAAAAAAUAGAGGAUCUAGAUACAUUUUCUAACGUCUCAGGAUUACAACCAAAUUAUGAUAAAUGUACUAUAUUACAUAUUGGAUCACUAAAAAAUACAAUUUUUACAUUACCAUGUAGUUUACCAAUACAAUGGUCUGAUGGUGAUGUGGAUAUACUUGGAAUACAUAUCCAAAUGAAAUAAAUACAUUUUAAUAGAAAGUUAGCAAAAAUAGAUAAAAUCUUGCUACCAUGGAAAAGUAAAUACCUGUCUAUUUGUGAAAUAUCACCCUGAUUAACUCUUUAGUAUUAUCCCAGUUUACCUAUUUGCUUAUGGUCUUGCCUACGCCUAGCGAACAGUUUUUUAAAUUAUAUGAGAAAAAAAUCUUCCAUUUUAUUUGGAACAGCAAGCCAGACAAAAUUAAACGGGCCUAUUUAUAUAAUGAAUAUGAAUUCGGAGGACAGAAAUUAUUAAAUAUUAAAGCAUUAGACCUAUCACUAAAAGCUUCAGUCAUACAAAAGUUAUACUUAAAUCCGAACUGGUUCUCUAGCAAAUUAGUAAAAUUGUCUCACCCCAUGUUCAAGAAUGGCCUUUUUCCCUUUAUUCAGAUUACAACCUCUCACUUUCAGUUAUUUGAAAAGGAAAUAAUCUCCCAAAUAUCACUAUUUCUAAAACAAGCCAUAGAAAGUUGGUUGCAAUUUCAAUUUAAUCCUCCAGAAACGACAGAACAAAUAAUGCAAUAAAUAUUGUGGUUAAACUGAAAUAUACUAAUUGAUAAAAAGCCAGUAUUUUUUGAAAAAAUGUUUUAAAAAUGUAUAAUCUUCGUAAAUGAUAUCAUAGGUAGGAUUGGUGGAGUUAUGUCGCACAUGCAGCUAACAAAAACAUAUGGAAAUGUCUGCUCUACCCAAAAUUACAACCAAAUAAUUGCAGCAUUACCGCAAAAAUGGAAGAGGAAAGUGGAAGGGGGAAAAAGUAAGGAACUUGUCUGUCGGCCCUGCAUUAAAGAACAUAAUUGGUUAAAGAAAAUUGUGAUAAAUAAAAAAGUAUACCAGUUUCAUUUAAGGACCAAAGGAUUGACAGCCGUCCCAUACAGAUUGCAAAAUAGUUGGGAAGAGAUUUUUUAUGUACCGAUUCCAUGGCAUAGUGCUUAUGAACUGAUACGCAAAACGACGCCGGAUUCAAAACUUAGAAUUUUUCUAUUGAAAUUAUUAUACAAAAUUCUUGCUACCAAUAUAAUGUCAUUGAUAUGGGGGAUACAAUCUUCCCAGCUCUGCAGAUUUUGCUGCGAAGAGACAGAAUCAUUAGAUCAUUUGUUUUGGUACUGUCCAUUUGUGCAAUAUUUACCUGGAGCUAACCCUGCAGAUAGCACCACUGGGUGAUCUGAAAAGAUAGUCAAUCGAUCAAUACUAUAAUAAUACUUUUAGCAAAAAUGUUUAUUUUCAAUUUACAAUCUGUAGAAACAAUGAGAAUGGAAGGUUUCUGAACUUUUGUGAAACAUCACAGUACAGUUGAAAAAUAAAUGGCAAAUCGAAAUCCAAUAUGGAUGGUGUUAAGAGAUAGAUGAGAGGUGUUGAAUGGAGCUGAAGGAUGGGACUAAUAACAACUAACAACUAAUAACAGCAAGAUAACUAAUGUAGGACAUGCUGUGUCCAUAAUAAGUAUAUAGGUUAUAGGUUGAGAGCUUUUGUGAAGGAGCACAGUUGGAAAGAUAUGGCAUAUAGAAGCAAACCGGAUGGACGUCAUGAAAAUGAUCGGAGAGGUUGAGGGUAGAGGAAGUUCAGGAGUAAAAACAAACAAAAUAUAAUUAUUGUAUAAUUGACUGUGUCCAUAAAAUGUAUAUAGUAUGUAUAAGCUGGAGGUAGAGGCAUAGGCAUUGUUGUUCACUAGUUUACUCCAAUUAGGGAAGGGGUGGUGGGGUUGGAAAGUAAUAAAGGGAAAUAUAUUUUUUUAAAGGAUAUGUAUAUAUAUGUAUGUAUAUGUAUUUAUAUGUAUGUGUAUGUAUAUAUAUGUAUAUAUAUAUAUAUAUAUAUAUAUAUUUGCGAGAGAAAAAAACAUUGGGGAUUGGAAGUGAUGCAGACAAUUACAUUGAUGGAAGUUACAAUAUAUCUGCAAUAUUAAAGCUGAUCUACCCCAGAAAAAAAAAAUGCACAGACUUGGAAUCAUAAAAAGCAUCCAUCAUGUUAUGGAUGGCUGUAGUCUCUGUCUCUGUAGUCUCUUAUAAAGAAAUAUAAGCUAUUCCGUGCAGAGAGAGGCAUGGAGAGAAAUGAAGGCAGUUUCAGUGUCUGAAUUUUAAUAGCAGCAGGUUACUCCUCCCUGCAGUGGCAGCUUUCAGAGAAGGCGAUGAUUCUGGAUUUUUGCGCAGUCAUACCUCGGGAGCAGUGCAUUUCUCCAAGGGAACCAGCUGAUCCUCUGCCUAGUGCUAACUCUCAGCUCCUCCUUGUCCCUUCUGAGAGGGCUCUGGAAAGGAGACAGGAAGCUCUGUAGUCUGUACACUCAAUCAUAAGUACUCACACGAUUCGAUUUUCAAUUUGUUUGGCAUUUAUUGUCUUUCACAUCUCUGAUUAAUUAUGUAGUAAGCUAUUAUUAGAAUAUGAAUCCAUAAAUAUCUGCCCACAUCCAACCCACUCCAGAGCCCCCUACACAGACCCAGAGGCUGUUUGUGUAGAUGGAAAAAUAUUUGAUAUGGAAAAACAAUAUGUUUAAAAUGUCCUAGACCUCAAGGGCCUAGGAGUCCAUUUGGAAUUGGGUCUGUCUGGCCAGCAGGAUGUCUCCCUCCCUACCUCCAAACUGUUUACAUCUGUCUACCAACACCCUGACCUGUCUGUUCUCCUCUCUGAUUGGCUGCAGGAGCAUGAUAUCGAGACUACCCAUGGCGUGCUCCAUGUGACCAUGAGGGGCGUUCCCAAGGGCAACCGGCCAGUCAUCCUCACCUACCAUGACAUCGGCCUCAACCGUGAGUGUGCACGAUUAACCCUUAUAGCAUUAUCUAAGACGCAGUGUGGUUCUAAACAUGUAAAAUAACUUCUAUGAGUAUUACUUGUAGGUUUAUGCCAUGGAUCUGUGUUUUAUGUAUGAUAUGUACAGGUUUGUGCCAUUAUUGUGUAUCUUAUUUCUAGGUUUAUUUUCUUCUUUAUCUCUUAUGGAUGUGUUUGCAUUGCUAUCUUUUUGUUCCCCUCUCUGUGCAGAUAAGUCAUGCUUCAACACGCUGUUUAACUUUGAGGACAUGCAGGAGAUCACGCAGCACUUUGCUGUGGUCCAUGUGGACGCCCCUGGACAGCAGGAGGCGGCACCACCCUUCCCCACCGGGUACCAGUACCCUACCAUGGAAGAACUGUCUGAGAUGCUGCCCUCGGUUAUGACUCAGCUCAAGUGAGUGACAUGGACAUUGACCAGUUGACUCAUUAGGUGGUGAUGGAUAGACUGGAAUACCAGUAAGUUGGUGUUGCUGAUGGUGUGAUGUAUUUCCUGAUGUCCACAGGGUGAACAGUGUGAUUGGGAUUGGCGUGGGAGCAGGAGCCUACAUCCUAUCCCGGUUUGCAGUAAGUCUACCUAACACUGACAGCAGCUCUCUCAUCUGUCCAUUUUCAUUUUCUAAAUCUCCUGUCUCUCUCAGUCUGGUCUAUUACAGAGGUUUUCUGUCAGUCUGAACAUCAGUGCUUCACAUCCAACCCACGCAGCAGCAUUUCACCAGUCCUCUUGUCUAUUAUAAACCAAUUCUGACGGGGGUGAAUCACCUUGUUUUUCUCUCGAUCUCUCACUGUCCCUCUCGUGUUCUUCCUCUUUGUGCACUCAAUGCCUGGUUUAUUUUAGCUCUGCUGAAUUCUCUCUCUACAAGAGAGGAGAGCAUGUAGAGAAGUUUUAGAGCGAGAGAGCACUGAAAGAUGGAGAUGGAGGAGGAGGAGGGGGGUGUGGGGGUGGAAUUAGUCUGGAGGAUUUAGGAAUCACAGAGUUGGAUGUUCCUCUGGGGGUCUGCUCUCAUUCUGAAUUAAUGAGGAAAAUUAGGGGUUGGAAUGAAAUGGAAACAAGUUAGAUUGGUAACAGCUGUUUCUGCAUUUGAUUUAAACGUAGUUUCAGGUAACCAGCAUCUCAGUAGCCUCUGUUGAUACAUCUGGCCUUUCUUGAAAAUGACAAAAGCUUGUAGCAUUCUGAAUGCAGUUUUAAUGCCAAUCACCACAUCUCCCGAAGAUGUUCAUCAUCAUCUUCAUUCCUUUCUUACUAUACAAUUUAUGAAGACUGGUAUGCUCCUAUACUACUUCACCUCAUGUUGGGGACUGACAUGUUGUUCCUCUCGCUUGCAGCUGAACAACCCUACUCUGGUAGAGGGCCUGGUUCUGAUCAACGUGGAUCCGUGUGCAGAGGGAUGGAUCGACUGGGCUGCCUCCAAGGUCAGUCAGUAGUCCUCUAACCAAUUACCCAUCUUUGAAUGCAAAGCCAUAGAUCCUUGUGAUAUCCUAGAAGACUGUCCCUUUAGCUCUGCGUUAUUUCUAGACCUUGUCCUGUUUUGUAUCAACAGCUCUCUGGGUGGACCAGUAACAUUGUGGACACAGUGAUGGCUCACCACUUCAGCACUGUGAGUAUGAUGGGUUGGCAUUUGCCCACCUUUGACUAGGAGUUCCAUUCACCUUUGAUAACCUGGUUUGAAAGUGAACAUUUGCAUCGUUUUAUAAGAUGAUAUCAUGAUACCAUCCACACACAUUCUGAUGCCUUGUGUGUUCCCGCAGGAUGAGCUGACAGACAACCAGGAGCUGGUCCAGACCUACCGCCUUCACAUCGCCCAGGACAUCAACCAGGACAACCUGGCCCUCUUCUGUGCCUCCUACAACGGGUACGCUGGGCAGGAGUGGAGAGGGGGCAGGGAUUCACUCCUGCCCACCAUAGUCGUUGGCUUUACUACUGGUUGGAUGAAUGUGGCUUUAAACUUGUAUUUUUUCUAUUUUUUCAAUAACAGUCGUCGGGAUCUGGAAAUCGAGAGGCCAGUCUUCGGUCUUAAUGAGGACACAGUGAACACACUGACGUGAGUUUGAACUGGUUUUACUGUGUUUUCGGCAGUAUGCAGAGGCGUCAUGCCCAUAGGGGGCACGUGCCCCCUCAGAUUUGUCCUGUUUAAAAUAAUUAUAAUAAUUAUAAUAAUACAAUAAAUAAAUACAUCUCUGUAAUACUACUAGCCACCUAGCAGCCUCAGAUUUUUGGGGUGCAUGGCACCACUGGCAGUAUGCAUUUGUAUGCUCAAGUAGAACCUCCUCUCUUCCCCUCCAGGUGCCCUUCUCUGUUGGUGGUUGGAGACACAUCUCCUGCAGUGGAGGCAGUGGUGAGUUAGGGUGGUUGUUGUUUAGCUUGUGAUUAUAGAUCAUGCACUUCUACAUGCUUGUAUAUAUAGUAGGAGGAUGGAACUAAAUGUUGAAUAUCAGUUCCUUUAUGUAAUGAAGUUUUGUUCACUUACUCUCUUUAAACUUGUUUCAGGUGGAGUGCAAUUCCAGGUUAAAUCCAACCAAGACUACACUGUUUAAGGUGAGGUGAAGCAUGUCAUAUCCUGUAUGUGUUAUGCAUUUUCCUCCAGAAUAAUCAAUAUUUUAUGCUAAGCUAUUGCAUCACGUGUAGCGACUCAGAAGUUCUCUCUCUUUCUCCCCCCUCUCUCUGUAGAUGGCUGAUUGUGGAGGCUUGCCUCAGGUUGUUCAGGUGAGGUUUGAUGAUCUGAAAGUUGUUAUUAUAUGCUUAUAUCGUUUUUUAAAUCAUUGUCAUACAAAUCUAGAUUUUUUAUAACUAACUAACUCUCCUCCACAGCCUGGGAAACUGGCAGAGGCCUUCAAGUACUUUGUUCAGGGUAUGGGUUACAGUAAGUACACAACUCUCUUACUUUUCUUUGUAAAUGUGUGAUCUCAAUAACCACUCCUUUCUAGCAUACAAACAAUUAUAUAAUAAUAAUAAUAAUAAUAAUAAUAUAUAUAUAUAUAUAUAUAUAUAUAUAUAUAUAUAUAUAUAUAUAUAUAUAUAUAUAUAUAUAUACACACUACCGUUCAAAAGUUUGGAGUCACUUAGAAAUGUCCUUGUUUUCGAAAGAAAAGCAUUUUUUUUUUGUCCAUUAAAAUAUCAAAUUGAUCAGAAAUACAGUGUAGACAUUGUUAAUGUUGUAAAUGGCUAUUGUAGCUGGAAACGGCUGAUUUUUUAUGGAAUAUCUACAUAGGCGUACAGAGGCCCAUUAUCAGCAACCAUCAGUCCUGUGUUCCAAUGGCACAUUGUGUUUGCUAAUCCAAGUUUAUCAUUUUAAAAGGCUAAUUGAUCAUUAGAAAACCCUUUUGCAAUUAUGUUAGCACAGCUGAAAACUGUUGUGCUGAUUAAAGAAGCAAUAAAACUGGCCUCCUUGAGACUAGUUGAGUAUCUGGUGCAUCAGCAAUUGUGGGUUCGAUUACAGAAUCAAAAUGGCCAGAAACAAAUAACUUUCUUCUGAAACUCGUCAGUCUAUUCUUGUUCUGAGAAAUGAAGGCUAUUCCAUGCGAGAAAUUGCCAAGAAACUGAUGAUCUCGUACAACGCUGUGUACUACUCCCUUCACAGAACAGCGCAAACUGGCUCUAACCAGAAUAGAAAGAGGAGUGAGAAGCCCCGGUGCACAACUGAGCAAGAGGACAAAUACAUGAGUGUCUAGUUUGAGAAACAGACGCCUCACAGGUCCUCAACUGGCAGCUUCAUUAAAUAGUACCCGCAAAACACCAGUCUCAACGUCAACAGUGAAGAGGCGACUCCGGGAUGCUGACCUUCUAGGCAGAGUUGCAAAGAAAAAGCCAUAUCUCAGACUGGCCAAUUAAAAUAAAAGAUUAAAGAUGGGCAAAAGAACACAGACACUGGACAGAGGAAGAUUGGGAAAAAGUGUUAUGGACAGACGAAUCGAAGUUUGAGGUGUUCGGAUCACAAAGAAGAACAUUUGUGAGACGCAGACCAAAUGAAAAGAUGCUGGAGGAGCGCUUGAUGCCAUCUGUCAAGCAUGGUGGAGGCAAUGUGAUGGUCUGGGGGUGCUUUGGUGGUGGGAAAGUGGGAGAUUUGUACAGGGUAAAAGGGAUCUUGAAGAAGGAAGGCUAUCACUCCAUUUUGCAACGUCAUGCCAUACCCUGUGGACGGCGCUUGAUUGGAGCUAAUUUCCUCCUACAACAGGAAGAAGCAGUCAGCUGGUAUUCUGUCUAUAAUGGAGUGGCCAGCACAGUCACCGGAUCUCAACCCUAUUGAGCUGUUGUGGGAGCAGCUUGACCGUAUGGUACGUAAGAAGUGCCCAUCAAGCCAAUCCAACUUGUGGGAGGUGCUUCAGGAAGCAUGGGGUGAAAUCUCUUCAGAUUACCUCAACAAAUUGACAACUAGAAUGCCAGAGGUCUGCAAGGCUGUAAUUGCUGCAAAUUGAGGAUUAUUUGACGAAAGCAAAGUUUGAAGGACACAAUUAUUAUUUCUAUUAAAAAUCUUGUCAAUUAUUAUUUAUAUUAAAAACCUUGUCAAUGACUACAUUUCCUAUGCAUUUUCCUAUGCAUUUUGCUAUAUUUCCUAUUCAAACUCAUUUCAUGUAUGUUUUCAUGGAAAACAAGGAUAUUUCUAAGUGACCCCAAACUUUUGAACGGUAGUGUAUAUAUACAGCUCUGGAAAAAAUUAAGAGACCACUGCAAAAUUAUCAGUUUCUCUGGUUUUACUAUUUAUAGGUAUGUGUUUGGGUGAAAUUAACAUUUUUGUUUUAUUCUAUACACUACUGACAACAUUUCUCCCAAAUUCCAAAUAAAAAUAUUGUCAUUUAGAGCAUUUAUUUGCAGAAAAUGACAACUGGUCAAAAUAACAAAAAAGAUGCAGUGUUGUCAGACCUCGAAUAAUGCAAAGAAAAUAAGUUCAUGUUCAUUUUUAAACAACACAAUACUAUUGUUUUAACUUAGGAAGAGUUCAGAAAUCAAUAUUUGGUGGAAUAACCCUGAUUUUCAAUCACAGCUUUCAUGCGUCUUGGCAUGCUCUCCACCAGUCUUUCACAUUGAUGUUGGGUGACUUUAUGCCACUCCUGGCGCAAAAAUUCAAGCAGCUCGGCUUUGUUUGAUGGCUUGUGACCAUCCAUCUUCCUCUUGAUCACAUUCCAGAAGUUUUCAAUGGGGUUCAGGUCUUUGGAGAUUGGGCUGGCCAUGACAGGGUCUUGAUCUGGUUGUCCUCCAUCCACACCUUGAUUGACCUGGCUGUGCGGUAUGGCGCAUUGUCCUGCUGGAAAAACCAAUCCUCAGAGUUGGGGAACAAUGUCAGUGCAAAAGGAAGCAGGUUUUCUUCCAGGACAACCUUGUACGUGGCUUGAUUCAUGCGUCCUUCACAAAGACAAAUCUGCCCGAUUCCAGCCUUGCUGAAGAACCCCCAGAUUAUCACCGAUCCUCCACCAAAUGUCACAGUGGGUGCGAGACACUGUGGCUUGUAGGCCUCUCCAGGUCUCCGUCUAACCAUUAGACGACCAGGUGUUGGGCAAAGCUGAAAAUUGGACUCAUCAGAGAAGAUGACCUUACUCCAGUCCUCUACGGUCCAAUCCUUAUGGUCUUUUGCAAACCUCAGCCUGGCUCUUCUUUGCUUCUCAUUGAUGAAGGGCUUUUUUCUAGCUUUUCAUGACUUCAGCCCUGCCCCUAGGAGCCUGUUUCGAACCGUCCUCGCAGUGCACUUCACCCCAGCUGCCGUUUGCCAUUCUUUUUGUAGGUCACUUGAUGGCAUCCUAUGGUUGUUGAGUGACAUUCGAAUGAGUUGGCGGUCAUCCUGGUCAGUAAAGAGUCGUUUUCGCCCUCUGCCGGUCUGUAGCUUUGUUGUCCCCAAUGUCUGCUGCUUGAACUUGUUCUUAUGAACCGCCGCUAUUGAAAUUCUAAGGAUGGAAGCAACCUGACACUCACUGUAUCCCUCUGCCAGUAAAGCCAGAAUUGAACCCUUCUUUUCCUCACUCAAAACUUUCCUUUUCAACUCUUUUGGCAUGGUCAAUUGUUAUUUUUUGAUUAAUAUGACUUUUGAGGUACUAUUAGCACUAUUUUUGCCAUCCAACUGGUCCUAUUGCAGGAGGAUAGUGAUGACCACAGCAGUGGUUUUUAUACUUUUCCUUGUUAAAUAAGAUUUGGUUUAGGUGAUCACCUAAUCAGUACCUAAUUCAGUAGAAUGUGUUGGAAUUCAACAGACUGUCACGUACGUUAAGGAACGGGACGGACCAAGGUGCAGCGUGAACGGCGAACAUGUUUAUUUACUAAUAAACACACGAAACAGUAACCAAAACAACAAACUUAACCGUGACGGUCCAAAGGCUAACACACAAGCCUGGCAACGUGCACCCCUGGCUAACACACUGGCAACGUGCACCCCUGGCUUGGUGCGAGGAGCAGGAACAGGCCGGGCCGGACUGGCGACGCGUACCACUGGCUUGGUGCGAGGAGCAGGGACAGACCGGGCCGGACUGGCGACGCGCACCACUGGCUUGGUGCGAGGAGCAGGAACAAGCCGGGCCGGACUGGCGACGCGCACCACUGGCUUGGUGCGAGGAGCAGGGACAGGCCGGGCCGGACUGGCGACGCGCACCACCGGCUUGGUGCGAGGAGCAGGAACAGGCCGGGCCGGACUGGCGACGCGCACCACCGGCUUGGUGCGAGGAGCAGGAACAGGCCGGGCCGGACUGGGAACACGCACCACUGGCUUGGUGCGGGGAGCAGGUACGUGGCGUACCGGACUGGGAACACACACCACUGGCUUGGUGCGGGGAGCAGGAACAGGCCGGGCCGGACUGGGAACACGCACCACUGGCUUGGUGCGAGGAGCAGGGACAGGCCGGGCCGGACUGGCGACGCGCACCACCGGCUUGGUGCGAGGAGCAGGAACAGGCCGGGCCGGACUGGCGACGCACACCACCGGCUUGGUGCGAGGAGCAGGAACAGGCCGGGCCGGACUGGGAACACGCACCACUGGCUUGGUGCGGGGAGCAGGUACGUGGCGUACCGGACUGGGAACACGCACCACUGGCUUGGUGCGGGGAGCAGGAACAGGCCGGGCCGGACUGGGAACACGCACCACUGGCUUGGUGCGGGGAGCAGGUACGGGGCGUACCGGACUGGGAACACGCACCACUGGCUUGGUGCGGGGAGCAGGAACAGGCCGGGCCGGACUGGGAACACGCACCACUGGCUUGGUGCGGGGAGCAGGUACGGGGCGUACCGGACUGGGAACCGGCGCUGGAGGUCUAUGACUGUCUCCGUCCUUUACACUCCGCGCCCCGUCCUCCUCCAGUGAGGACUCCUCCUUGAGCCCCCACGAGUGCAGUGGUCGGGGCUCCUCUCUGUCGCUCCCCACCACCCUUUUAGCCCCCCCAAAAAAAUGUAUUGGGGCUGUCUCUCCACCCUGAUCCCUUUCAGGGCCUCCAUCUUUCUUGACAGAUCCUCUCUUAUCUCCUGCCAAGUCCAUCCUCUCUGCUCCUCCUCGGCACACUGCUUGGUCCAGGUCUGGUGGGAUUUUCUGUUACGUACGUUAAGGAACGGGACGGACCAAGGUGCAGCGUGAACGGCGAACAUGUUUAUUUACUAAUAAACACACGAAACAGUAACCAAAACAAGGCUGACACACAAGCCGAAACAUGAACAUAACAAAAUCCCACAACGCAGGCAGGAAAACUGGCUGCCUAAGUAUGAUCCCCAAUCAGAGACAACGAGCGACAGCUGCCUCUGAUUGGGAAUCACACCCGGCCAAACAUAGAAAUACAAAACCUAGAAUAUAUUCACACCCUGACCAAACUAGCUAGAGUUCUAUAGGACAGGGCGUGACACAGACACUGGAAUGGAAUGGCUGUCAUACAUGUAGAGAUGCUGAUUUAAGAAAAAUGUGCAGUGGUCUCUUAAUUUUUUCCAAAGCUGUAUAUAUAUAGUGACUCUGGCCACCUGUGGCUAGUAACUGGUUGCUACCUUGGAAUUUUACUCAGAGUAUUGAUUAUCCACUAACAAGCUGUUGUACGUGUUUGUGGUUAAGAUCUGUGUUCUCGAUGUAUUUCCUGUUGACGUGAGCAAAAUAACAACUGUUGCUCAAUUAAGUAUUGUUUUCAUCACGGUUUCCCAUGAGCCUUUGCCAGACACCCUCCUGGGUUUGGAGUGCAGCCAAUAGUUUCUGAAAAGACCCUCAGUUUGUCACACUGGUCACGGAGAGGAGGCCGCCCCUCACGCCUCACAGCAAAUGCCAAUUCCUAUUUAAUCUUUGCAGUGUUGCAUAGCCUCAGUUGUCAGUAGCUGAGAAAUUGUGAUUGUAGCAUGAAUGACUAGCACUGAAGACGUGCUGAACAGCAAUUGACUUCCUGUUCAAUUCUGCGUGGGAGAGACUCUCUCAACUUGCCUUGUGUACUUUUCUUUUCUACCCAAACUGUUUAAGAUGCAUCUCCUCCUGACACAAAGAAAAGCGCAGACUUAAACAGGCUUCUAGGUUUUCACCUCUCAUUCACCAGCACAGUAUUUCUAUGGUACUAGGCUCUUCUGUUUCAACCCCAAGCCUGUGCUGCCUGCAGCCCCAGGUGUCACUGUGUGAGAGGAGAACUGUAGAGAAAAGUUAAUGGCCAGGCAGCACAGUCACUCCCUGCAGAGGAAAUGUCACCGCCAGAUUAGAGUUGAUUAAAGCCUCUUCUCAUGCAGAGAAGGGUUGUGAAUAGAAAUAACAACUGAGCAUGACGUCAAACACCUGGACACAGUUUCUCACAGUUGUGUAGCACAAUAGAUAUCAAGAAGACAUUUUUACAUAACAGUAUGAGUGAGACAGGAUGCUGUUUAUCUUUCAUCAUCAUCUUAGUAUUAGUAUUGGCCAAAAUUCUGCUUUGUCCCUUUGGGCUAUCUCUGUCUCUCUCCGACCUACCCCAGAUAAAAUCAGACACAGGAAGAACACAUCUAUUUAUUUUCCUUUGUCGCUGUAGUAUACAGCAGUUGUCUUUCCCUUAAAAAUGAUUUAUAUUCAUUACCUGCACCUUCAUGGACCUUAUUCCCUUUCAAUAUGUUCUCAUUUCUUCUUCUUUCAAUCCUUUCCUCCCUCCAUCAAUGCUAACAGUUCCCUACGUUCUUCUCAGUCACCUGAGCAACGAAUCAGGUACCAGGUUUUAAAGCAGUAGCAGUUUUAGACCAGUUGGCCUCAUACCAGCCUCCAUUCAGCCUAACACACAUUAGAUGAAUGUCAAGGUAUGCUCAGAAAGUCAUGACAUAUUAGUAUUUUCAGUCAUCUGUAUUGUUCAAUUAACUGAAGAACUGUCUGCAUACUUUGACAUUUUGUUAGGUGGUUAUGUUGCUCCUGUAAGCAUCGAUCUGCUUCUGACUGCCCUAAGUUUGAUUUGUUUUUCCUAUUGUUGCACAAGGUGCUAGUUUUGCUUAAUUUUGCCUUCAUUUAUAUAUUUUUUCAGUGCUUUAUGCUAUUAUUGUAUUGCCUUUUUUGCAAGACAUGCUUGUCAGCGUCUUUGGCUUGCAUACUGUAUUUAUGUGUGUGGUGCUGAAGCUUUUUCUUUAUUUUAUUGGUGCCUUUAUUUCCUCAGAUUUGUCUGCAUGGUGAAUAUCUGCAGUAUUUGUAUGAUUUAUUAAUGUAAUUCCCUAACAGAAGGGACACGUAAUUAUGCUUCCUGCAUUGCAUGAAGUGCUCUGCAUUGUGACUGGAAUGUUAACACUCCUGUGUUGUGUCGUAGUGCCCACGGCUGGAAUGACUCGUCUGGCCCGAUCCCGCACCACCUCCUCUACCAGCAUCACCUCCAUGGACAGCAGCCGCAGCCGCAACCUCAACAGCCUGCUGGAGGGAGCCAACACCACCGGGGGCCUGGACAACCAGCCUGGGCCCCAGACCAUGGAGGUCUCCUGCUAAACCUCCCCAUCGCUCCCUCACUCCACACCGGGUAGCAGCCCUCAGCGGUGCCCCUAUCCUCCUCCAGUAACUUAUGUCUCCCAGUUUCUCUCCUACCCUGCUUCUAAGCUACUCAAUGCCAGGGGGUUCUGUGAUGAAUUGUGUGAUUAAUAUGAGAAUAUAUAUACAAAUGCAUAUGAAAUAUUAUACUGUAUACACGUCAAACUUCCAGUCACAAGCUGAGGGGACAAAAUAAAGAAUGAGUCAGAUAUACAGAUAUACCAGAUAUACAGAUAUACUGUAUACUCAAAGGGUUGAGAUGGUACGAUCCCCCACCCAACUGUUUCCCAUCAUUUUAUAUGUGUGCAUGUCUCUUGUGCAAGUGAAUCUGGAGACUUAUUCUUCUAGAUUCAAUCACUGUAUGUCCCUCCACUUAUUUUGUUUCUGAUUAUUACCCUUCACGUCUUUAUUUAUUUGGUUCACCAUGUGUCUGUGUGUAGAAAAAAAUGUAAAAUGUAGAGGAUUGGUUCCUGCGUUACAGGAGGGGUUGAAGAGUCCCAUCUCUCACAUCCACUGUAGCCCAAACACACAUUCCCUCCUCAGUCCUUCUCUAUUCCUCUUAUCUAGAACACAUUUACACUAAAUACCUACAUUCAUUGCACAUAUUUAGACCACUUUUUUAAUUGAUAUUUUUUAUGUUGUGAACUGUGAACACAUGCCUCCUUUGAUUGUGUGGCAAAGUGUAGAUGUCUGUGUUAUACUGUACUGUACCUUGCUGCACUGCUCUGUUCUGCCGAGUCAUUCCAUUCACACUGUAGAAUGAUCACCCAAGCUGGGUGCAAACAUAAGAUUCAUGAUUUUCAAUACAUUUCUCUGCAUUGUGUUGUUUUCCCAGGUGUAUGUGACAAUAAAACAUGUAAACAAAUAUAUAGUGGCCCAAAUGACAGUAUGAAUGCACUGUACUUUGGUUGGACUAGGACAUUAUACUUGCUUUUUAGGAAUAUGGAAAAGCGUAAAGAAAAGCAAUAGGAAAGAACUGUGGGCCAAUGUGAUUGUGUAGAUUCAAUCACUUCUCCUUUCAUCUGUGUGUUUUAAAAAUGCUUUUUCUUUUGUAAUUGAUGUCAUCUUUUUCCUUUUUCUAUUUUACACUUUUGUAUUUUUUUUUGUCUGUUGACUCAUCUCUUGAGUAGACAUACACAAUGAAUAACAACUUAAGCCUGUUAUGAUGUGGAAAUGUGUUCAGUCUCUUCACUGAGGGCCCACUGGUGCUUCCCACUGUCUGCUGAUUCAACUCAUUUAUACUACUGUACUACUAAAUAAAGCUAGAAGAUAUAAAAUGGCUCCUUUUCUUUGUUUCUAUCUUCAAGUGUUUCCACGACAACACUCAAUCUAAUA